GAGAGAGAGAGUCCUGUUUGGAAAAUAAAAGCUACAGCUUAUAGAUCAUUACAUGCUUUCAAUUCAUCGUUUACUCAGGAUAUACCAAGAAUUUUGUUGAAAACAUUAUUAGCUGCUACACUAGCAGAUAUAUAUGAGAACUCCUCCCUGCAUCUAUCGAAAGCUGCAGUGCAAAAUAAAUAUAUAUGUAUCAAAUCUGUGAAACUAUUAAUGUCAUGAACCUGCUUGCCAAGACACAAGCAAAGCUGCAGAACAACUAACAAUGACAGAUUAUCAUUUGCAAACUACAAUGCCCUGUGGUCAAGCACUCUGAAGGUAUUCCGAGUGUGGAUUUGCAAACACAUGUAAUUCUUACCUAUACGGACUGCACAAGUGCAUCCAUAUAUCCUUUAACACACCUUUACAAGUGCACUGACUGCUUAGAAGUUAUUAUUUCCUAUAUAAAUAAAAAACUAAAAUCAAACCAAAAAUCAAAUUUUAAUCAAGGAAGUUAACAUGAAAACAGCCUGCUAAAAUAAAAACUUUGUUCAUGGUCCAAUCCAGCAAAAUCAUGUAUAUCCCUAAUGUCAGAAAUAAAUACAGAAAUAGACUCAAUUUUAUCACCUUCACAUUCUGACUAUGAAAUUCAUCACAGUAAACUGUAAUUGCUAGCUACUUACAAUCUAAACUAGCACAUGAAAUAGGACUACAUCAUGUACACAGUAUUAGUUAUGGAUGAGUACUGGAACCAGUGGUCAGAACAAGAUAAUUAGCCCCCCCCAAAAAGUAACUUUGGAUCAUGCUGUUUGCAUGAUAUAUGACACUUUUUGAAUACGCCUGAUGACAGUGUAAAACAGAAAAGGCCUGAGCCAUAAAACCCUUUGUCUUUUUUUUCCAGUCUUUUUUUCAUGACAGAGCACAUUCUAACUCAUCUACAAACUGCUUGUACAAAUUACAAGACUGUACUGAGAACAGUACUGUCCACAAGUCUACAUAACACUAUCUACAUGGACAUUUGUGUAAGUACUGACACUGCACCUCUGCCAUUUUGUUCAAGGUCAAAGUUGAUUUGCCUCAUCAGUGAUAGACCCAGAUGAAUUUCAAUAGCAAGGCAAUUAUCAUUGCUCAUAAAAUUAGCCUGUGCCCUGAAGCACAUGCACUUCUCCAGCUACAGUGGCUAAUAUUAAAAGGCAUUAUCUCUAGCUACAAACGUUCUCUUUUGCAUGAUCAUGCAAACUUUGAAUGCUGUUAAUUAGCUGUGUAGCUGGCCCUAAUAUCAGUGUGCAUUGGUCAUACUUUCAACACAUGAACUCACUCACACAACUUUACUCAUCACUAUUCAAACUAAAAUUCUUCCAAAGAUGCUCGACUGAAAGUCCCACUUUUGCUGAUGUUCCAAACUAAUUACUCAAACCACUGAUGAUGUUUAAUGGAGCACAGCUCCACAGACUAAUCCAUUUAGUCAGCCACAGUUCCCUUUUUACACCUAAAGACUCUCAGCAACUGGAACAUAACACUUACCCACAAUGAUCAGGGACCCAUUUUACAGCCAUCAAGGAGGGGAUGACUCCGUACAACUUGCAGAGCAGCCUCCUAGAAGGUGCAGCAUGCAAAACGCUGUAUUUUAUUCCAGCGAUGAAAGCUGGCAGGCAGCAAAAACUGUCAAGACUUACAGUCAACAAGCUGGCAAAGACUGGAAAAGGUGGAAUGCCACAUCAGUGUAUCUGCAUGUCCAGAGAAGGGCAACGAAGCUGGUGAGAGGUCUGGAGCACAAGUCUUACGAGGAGCAGCUGAGGGAACUGGAACUGUUGUGUCUGGAGAAGUGUCUCGGGGAGACCUCAUCGCCCUCUACAACCCCUGACAGCAGGUGCAGGUCAGCCUCUUCUCCCAGCUAACAGCAGUAGGGUGAGAAAUAAUGGCCUUAAAUUGCACCACGAGAGGUUCAGGUUGGAGAUUUGGAAAAGUUCUUCGCUUUCUGAGAAAGCGUGGCUGCCCAGGGAGGCGGUGGAGUUGGAGUCACCGUGCCUGGAGGCGUUCAAAAGCCGUGUAGACGUGGACGCGGGUUGGCGGGCACGGGGCGAUGGGCUGGCGGUUGGACCACACGGUACUUUCCAACCCUAACGGUUCUACGAUCCAGGACGCCGUACGCGGAGAGCGGCCAGCCGUACACACGGAGUUCCCUCAGCAGGGUUGCGUUUACCUCAGCGCCUCCUAACGGCCGGCAGGGAACGGGCGCACGAGGCUCCGCGCAUGCGCAACACUCAUCUCUCCUCCCCCCAAAUUGAACGAUGGCGCCACAGGCCGUUCCGCGCGACGCGGUUGCGUCAGACGCAGGCUCGGGCCGGGGCGGGGCCGGGGCGGUAACGGCGCGAUUUUUCAAAAUGGAGGCGCAGGGGGAGGGGGGCGGCCGCCGGGCCCGCGAGCGAGCAGGCCUGGCACGAGGCGGGCGGCGGAGGGCGCUGUGAUGGCGAGCCGCGGCCGAGGUCCCGAGGAGAACCCCUAGCGAGACCCGAGGAGAGCGGCCGGCGCCAUGGCGACCUGCAUCGGCGAGACGAUAGAGGACUUCAAGGUGGGGAACCUCCUGGGAAAGGGCUCCUUUGCCGGGGUCUACAGAGCGGUAUCCCUGAAAACCGGCCUGGAAGUGGCUAUCAAAAUGAUAGACAAAAAAGCCAUGCACAAAGUGGGAAUGGUACAAAGAGUUCAGAACGAGGUGAAAAUACAUUGUCAGCUAAAGCAUCCAUCUAUUCUUGAGCUUUAUAACUAUUUUGAAGAUAGCAACUAUGUGUACUUGAUACUUGAAAUGUGUCACAAUGGUGAAAUGAGUAGAUACAUAAAGAAUAGAAAGAAACCCUUUUCAGAAGAUGAAGCCCGACAUUUCUUGCAUCAAAUUAUCACGGGUAUGCUGUACCUUCAUUCUCAUGGAAUACUGCAUCGGGACCUCACCCUUUCCAAUCUCUUACUCACCAGUAAUAUGAACGUCAAGAUUGCUGAUUUUGGACUAGCAACUCAGUUGAAAAUGCCUCAUGAAAAGCAUUAUACCAUGUGUGGAACUCCUAAUUACAUUUCGCCAGAGAUAGCCACAAGGAGUCCGCAUGGACUUGAGUCUGAUGUAUGGUCUUUGGGCUGUAUGUUUUACACUCUUCUUAUUGGAAAGCCACCUUUUGACACUGACACGGUGAAGAACACACUGAAUAAGGUGGUGUUAGCAGAUUAUGAAAUGCCAGCCUUUUUGUCCAGAGAAGCACAAGACCUUAUACAUAAAUUACUUCGCAAAAAUCCAGCAGAUCGUUUGAGUCUUUCCUCUGUGUUGGAUCAUCCUUUUAUGUCCAGGUGUAGCUCUGCACGGAGCAAAGAUUCAGGAACUUCAGAAGAUUCUAUGGACAGUGGAAAUGCUACCAUCUCUACCACCUUUACAGGCUCUUCCAGCAUCAGUACCAGUGGCUGCUUGAAGGAAAAGAAGAAGCUGUUAGUGGGACAGCCGCUCCCAAAUAAAAUUACUUUUUUUCCUAAAAACAAGAAUCUCAGUAACGCUUCAUCUGUUGAUGGGAGUGGUUCUUUUCAUCAGUGGGGAAUUCAAGGGAAAGAAACUGGCACAAGUGGUAGGGGAAGAGUCAUGCAACUUGCUGAAGAGAGACCACAUUCCCGCUACCUCCGAAGAGCUCACUCCUCAGAUAGGUCUGGCACAUCCCACAGUCAGACUCAAGGAAUAUCCAAUGUCAUUGAGAGGUGUCACUCCAUGGAACUACUUUCCAAGCCUAGAGGAGGAACGAGAGAAAACACAGAAUGCUUUUCACCUGCAAGCAGCUAUACUGAUAUGGGAGAAAUAUUUAAGGAAAAGACUUCUGGUAGUUCUGGCUCUUUUGAAGGGCAAAUAUCUCCACCUGUAAAAGAUCAACCACACUCAAAUUUUCUCUAUCCAAUGAAGCCCCCUUUUGGUUUGUUAGAGCAGAAGUCCCAGGCUGAAACUAUGCAGCAGUGGCUUGGAAGCAUGCAGACAAAUGCUCAGCUGAGACCACCUGAAGACCUAACUGAUCACAGUAAUGCACAUGGAGGCUUUCGGUAUCAUCUGGAUGUGCAGCAAGAUGCAUCGAGAAAUGGAUGGAACACCUUAAAGGAUAUACGGAAUCAUGAUGCAUCCCAUGAUUAUUCACAUUGUUUAAAUCAGAGAAACCCAAACAAAUAUAUUCCCGAAGUUCUCUGCCAAUCUGAAAAAGUUCAGACAUCUUCAUGUGGCCUUUGGCCAGCUUCAGAGCAAAACCAAGCAUGGGGCAAAGAGCCAUCAGCACGUCAGAAACCUACACUGCGAAGUAUAGUAUCACCUCUCAGUGCUUACAGGCUAAAACCAAUCAGGCAAAAAACAAAAAAUGCAGUGGUGAGCAUUCUAGAUACUGGGGAGGUGUGUAUGGAGUUUAUAAAAGAACACCAUUCACAAGAAUUUGUGAAAGAAGUUCUCAGAAUAUCUUGUGAUGGAAAUAUGAUUGCUGUUUAUCACCCGAAUGAAGGAAGAGGCUUCCUUCUUGACGACAGGCCGCCCAUUCCUCCUGAAGACAGCUGUAUGUAUAAUUUUGACAAUUUGCCAGAGAAGUACUGGAAAAAGUACCAGUAUGCAGCCAAGUUUGUGCAGUUGGUGAGAACAAAAACCCCCAAAGUUACAUUCUACACAAGAUAUGCCAAGUGCAUGUUGAUGGAAAAUUCACCUCCUGCAGAUGUUGAAAUAUGUUUUUAUGAUGGAGCAAAGAUACACAAGACAGCUGGUAUAACUCGUGUGAUUGAAAAAUCAGGGAAAUCCUUCACUUUGAAAGGAGAAAAUGAAACAGGUUUGAAGAAGGAAAUGCAAGUAUAUAUGGAUCAUGCAAAUGAGGGACAUCGCAUAUGCCUUGCACUGGAAUCUGCUAUUUUGGAAGAAGAAAAAAGGAGUGAAAGUGUUCCAUUUUUUCCAAUAAUUGUUGGAAGAAAACCUGGUAAUACUGAAUCUCCAAAGGCUCUACUGCCAAUGUUGUUGGACAAAACCAACUGUUCAAAAGAAGUUACGGCACUGGAUAGAAAUACAGCAGCCAAUUCUACUCCAGUUCAAGCUCCAAACUGUAAUCCUGUGGUGUCAUAUGAAAAGUCUACACUUAGGGCCAAUGCUGCUGAAAGUACGUGCUCCUCUGUUCAUCAGACAGAAUGCAGCCCAAAUUCAGCUCAACUUUUAAAAUCAGUCUUUGUGAAAAAUGUUGGUUGGGCUUCACAGCUGACCAGUGGAGCAGUAUGGGUUCAGUUUAAUGAUGGAUCCCAACUGGUAGCCCAAGCAGGUGUUUCAUCUAUCACUUACACCUCUCCAGAUGGCCAGACAACUAGGUAUGGAGAAAAUGAUAAGUUGCCGGAAUACAUCAAAGAGAAGUUGCACUGUCUGUCUUCUAUUCUUGUGAUGUUUACCAAUCCAACUGGUCCCCACUGAUAAAAGCAAAGCAGGUCUUUGGGCACAAGAGCUUAAUAAACACACUCACUGACGUGAAA